GAGAGACACAGCAGUGCUGCUCUGCUCGGCUGCUCCCGUGUCUAACGUGAUGACAGCUGAUUGUACGGAGACCCACAGCCAGCCAGGACCACCGUGGCACUUUCUCGUCAUGCUUUCUUAACUUUCUCGCCAGAACAUCGUAGUUCUCCCCGAAAGUUAUGAGUCUGCGCACACCUUGAAGACUGUGGGACGUGUAGCUGCUCAAAAGUUGUGUCGUGGAAAGAGGCAACACCGCCACCACACCACAUCAGCAGGCUGGAGAAGUUGGAUAUCUAUUCUGACUGGCUCUAGCGGCCUGAUCCCACACCACCAUACCACCAGUUUACAGGUUAUGAGUAAUGGAAGCAGGAUCAGUGGUGCGUGCUGUGUUUGAGUUUCUCCCCAGCGUCUCAGAGGAGCUCCCACUCUUCCCCGGCGAUGUCAUUGAGGUGCUCAGUGUUAUUGAUGAGUUCUGGUUGCUUGGAAACAAAGAUGGCGUCACAGGUCAGUUCCCCAGCACCUUCGUGGAAGAGGUUACAAUUCCAAGCACCAAGCAUGGAGACAAACUCUAUGUGUGCAUCAAUGAUUUCAACUCAGCAGAACGAGGGAACCUGUCGCUGAAGAGAGGUGAUGUGAUAGUUGGGGAAGCCAGAGGGUCCAUGGACUUUGGGGAAGCCUGGCAACGUGGUUGUAACGCAUGGGGCAUCCGUGGUGUCUUUCCCACAUCAUGUGUGAAGGAACUGAACCUUUCAUGCCGCUCAAGACAGUUGUCUGAGCGCUCAGCUCAGGCCCAGGCUUCAGAGCUCCCACCCUAUGCCCUCGGACAAGCCCGGGCUCUUAUGAGCCUCCAUGCACAGCUCAGCGAAGAGCUGGACUUCCGCGAGGGGGACCUGAUUAUCAUCACAGGCCUGCCUGAGCCAGGCUGGUUCCAGGGCGAGUUGGAAGGCCAAAGGGGCAUCUUCCCAGAGGGAUUUGUGGAGCUUCUGGGUCCCAUACGUUCUCCUCAGGAGUCAGCUGAUAGCUCGUAUUUAAAUGACAACUCUCAACAAUUCAUCUAUGAGGACACUUAUGAUGCCGGAGAAGGAACUGAGGAGGAAGUUAUGGAAGAAGGGGAAGUUUUUCUGAGAGAAGAAGAACAAAAGGAAGCUAUCAUAGAGGAAGAAAAUGAGGAAGAGGGUGGUGUGUAUGGGGUGGCACUAUAUGAGUUUCGGGCAAUGGAGCCAGGCGAGUUGGACUUUGAUGUGGGAGAUCGCAUUCGUAUUGUAAACACUUUGGAAGAUGGUUGGCUGGAGGGGGAGCUGCGAAGGCAACGGGGUAUCUUUCCACAUCGUUUUGUCAAAGUAGAGGACGAUGGACAUAAAAGUGUAGAUGAGACUAACGCUAUUGAACCUGAUGACGAGAAAGAGAACAACUGUACUGAGUACAGCUCGGGUCAUUCAUGUCCUAAUGGGUCAAAGAAUGAUCCUGAAUGGAGGACAUAUGAGGAUCAUACAGUGUGGGACUUGGACUACUUUGAGAGAACUGAGGAGCAGCGAUGGCAGAGUGAGAAUAAAAGUGCUUUGGCUCAGACUAAUAACAGAGGGCAGAGAGAAGAGGGGAAUAAGUCUGAAACUCAACCACAUAAGCCUGUUCCACCAUCUCACAGGGCACCCAACAGACCCAAAUCCACUCCUCCACCUAGGCCAAGGCUCCCACCUCGGCCUAGCCUACCUCCACAUCGACCUAGGCAAGACAUUAGCCCAACGUUCAGUAGAAAUCAGUCUAAUUAUAGCAAUGGUAACAUCCGACCAUUAAAACCCAAGUUAUCUCACAGCAUAACGCUCCAUAGCACUCAGCCUGGCUGGUCUAAAGACAGUAGAUUUAACCAAAAGUCAACAACAGACAGUACCACCACCACCAGUAGAUCUACCAGUCUUGGGCAGGUAUUGAACAACAUUGUUGUGGGGCAUAAACAAAGGAGGCUAUCUCGGCAUGCUAGCGUGAGCGAUACUGACAUAGUGCAGACUGCUGAAGCACGACCACAUUCCCAGCAGAGGACACGGGGCACCAAUGGGAGUCUGCCAGCAUCCAUCGCCUUAGCAUCUCUGGCCACAACCGCCGGUGACCUGGAGGCCAAACUAUCCCAGCAGCUUUUUGAAUUUGAAAAAAGUUUAAAUGCUUCCUACAGUGACUCUAAUGUGAGCUCUGGUGCUUUAAGGGACACAUCGUCUGUAGCUGAUCUGAACCAGCAAUCUGCUAUCUCCCGGCACUUUUCUAUACUAGGCUACAGCAAUGAAAGUGAUAUCAUACGAGGCUCCUCACACUCUCCUGUGUCCAGCCUGUUACAGUCUAACUCUUCAUCUUUGGAGAGACGCAGAACCCUCCGCCCUCCUCCUCCUCGUCCCCGAGUCCUACGUCCCUCAGCCCCAGCAGCAUACAGACCAGCUCGCCCAGCUCCUCGACCCCCUCCUCGAUACCCAAGACAAAAUGCCACUCUUCCAAAUAGCAAUUCCCACACUAACAGCCCCAUCUUCUUCACUCCAGAUGAACAAGCCACAAACAUCCUCACAGAGAGUGAGUCUGAGUUUGAUGACCUCACAACACAGGAACCUGAAACCCAGUGCCAGCUGGAUGCAGAGCAAGAGCUGGACAGGGAGAUGGAGUUAGAGAGUGAGAGACAGAGGGAGGAGGAGGAAAGGUACCAACUGUUGCUACGACUGCAAGAAGUGGAGCACGACAUGGAGGAAUAUGCACGCACGGCUGAGGAACUCAGGGCAAUGUUGGAGGAGGAAGAAGACGAGACAGCCCGCAUGCAGGCUUUGGAGAAUCUGGAGUUCUGCAACUACACACUGGAGACACUGGCCCUGGAGCAGCAGCAGCUACAAGAGAUGACGCUUUUGUCAUCUCAGCCCAAACCCCUGGACUCAACUCCAAUCUCAGACACGACCCCCACCGCUGGCACAGACACUGAGGAUCCUGAGUCAAGGAUGCUGGAGAAGAGGUCAAAGGUCAUCGAGGAGCUGCUGCAGACCGAGAGGGACUUCAUCAAAGAUCUGCAAAUGUGUGUCAAGGAGAUCACUGAGCCACUGCAGAAGAAACAGGUGAAGAAUGUGGACUUUGACAGUCUUUUUGGCAACAUCUCCUCAGUAAUUGACUUGUCCCAACGGCUGUUUGAAGCACUACAGGAGACAGAUUCAAUAGGAAAAGUAUUCCUUGACUUCAAAGCUGAGCUGGAGGAGGUUUACAAGCUAUACUGCCAAAAUCACGAUGAUGCCAUCUCUCUGCUGGAGACUUAUGAGAAAGAUGAAAACAUACAGCAACAUGUGCUGGAGUGUCUGGAGAGGCUGAGAGCCAUAUAUCGUGAGUGGGGUAAAACAAAUUACAUCAACCUCGGCUCUUUCUUGAUUAAGCCGGUUCAACGUGUGAUGCGUUAUCCACUGCUGCUGACGGAGCUUCUCGGGGCCACUCCGGAGAGCCACCACGACCGGCUCCAGCUCACUCAGGCUGUGCAGGCUGUCAAAGAGAUCAAUGUAAACAUCAAUGAGUACAAGCGCAGGAAAGAUCUUGUGGUGAAGUACAGGAAAGGAGAUGAAGACACAUUCAUUGACAAGAUCUCCAAGCUCAGCAUGCACUCCAUCAUUAAAAAAUCUAACCGUGUUAGCAGCCACCUCAAGCACCUCACAGGGAUUUCACCUCAGAUCAAAGAUGAAGCAUUUGAUGAGGCUGAAAAGAAAUUUAGGCUUCAGGAAAGACUCAUCAAGUCUUUUAUUAGAGACAUUUCCUUGUACCUGCAACAUAUCAGGGAAUCAGCAUCUGUGAAGGUCUUGGCAGCCAUCAGUUUUUGUGACAUCUACACCGAGCGCAGCAUGCUAGAUCCUGAACGCUUCCAGAGAGCUCAUCGUGCCAUCAGCGACAAGCAGUUCACACAGUUUAAGGAGCGCACAGAGGCCUUGGUCAUCAACCCACUCACCCAGCUCCUCCUCAUGUUCGCCGGGCCCCACAAACUCAUCCAAAAACGCUUCGACAAGCUGCUGGACUACGACAACUGCAAGGAGCGUGCUGAUCGGCUGAAGGACCGCCGCAUCCAAGACGAGCUGCAGGUGACACGCAACAACUACGAGGCACUCAACGCCCAACUUCUGGACGAGCUUCCAAAGUUCCACAGUGCAGCGGAGGAGCUGUUUACAGGCUGUGUGAGGGCCUUCGCUCAGGCCCAGAAGGACUUCAUGAAGACCACUCUUGGAGAGCUGAGGCCUCUUCUGCAGUUUUCUAAAAAAAUCGUUACAGAAGGAAACUUGAUUGCACAGUUUCAUGAAGAAUACAGUCACUGCCUCCAACUACUUCAGAGCUUCAGCUUCUGCCCAGAAAACCUGCCGCCUGCCACAACCACAAAAAAGCCCUUCGAGAAGAAAACUCUAGAGAAGCAGACCUCAAAAAAGCAAAUGUCGGGACCUCCUAACCACGUUAUGCAGACAGAUGAGCACCGUGCAGGACUUCUGGUCCGCUAUGGUCCAGAAAAACUUUUCCAGGCUGAGAGAAACUUCAAUGCUGCCCAGGACCUGGACAUUUCUAUACAAGAGGGGGACCUUGUGGGUGUAAUCAAGCAGCAGGACCCCAUGGGAAGCAACAACCGCUGGCUGAUUGAUAAUGGAGUCACUAAGGGAUUUGUAUACAGCUCCUUCCUCAAACCCUACAACCCACGCAGGAGCCAAUCAGAUGUUUCCAUUGAGAGCCAGUCAUCCAAUGAGUCGGGUUACGGCGGCUCCUCCCCUGUUUUCUCCCGACAGAACAGCAACAGCACACUGACCUUUAACCAGGAGACAGCUACUGUCAGCUUUUCUACAUCACAAUCCCAAAGCCAGUCAUCCCCACACCCAUCACUUGACUCUGCCUCAUCCCGUAGAAGUCACCACAGAGACGUUCCCAACCCCGACUCUGUCAGUCAGAGCAACUCCAUAAACUCCUCAAACUCCUCAAACCCCUCAAACCGCAGAGACUUUUCAGAUCAAACUCACAGAAAUGUUCCUGCCCACAGAGACUCAGAGCCGUCUUACAGGCACUCAGGCAACCACAGAGACUCUUAUGAUACCAGUUACGGAAGUGGACACAAGGAGACAUCAGACUUCUCCGAAACAGACUCUUAUUCUUCUCAAAGAAACAGCCGAUCACAACGAUAUGGACACGCAGACAAAAGCUACAGUUCACAUCAGUGGAGAAAUGGAGACGAUAGCAGCCAGAGGAAGUCUGCCUACACCAGAGAGGAGUUUAUAGAGCCAGACCCGGAGCCAGAACCAGAACAGGACGACAAGCUAGAUAGUCAUCAGAUUUACUACGCCCUCUACGCCUUCAACGCCCGAUGUGCUAAUGAACUGAGCAUCUCAGCCAAUCAGCGACUGCGGAUACUGGAGUUCCAGGACAUGAAUGGCAACAGUGAAUGGUGGCUGGGGGAGGCAGGGGGUCGACGAGGAUACGUGCCUUCCAACUACAUCCGUAAAUCAGAGUAUACAUAAACAAAUGUUGUCUCAAAGAGGAUUUUCGGACCUUAAGAGCUCUUCAAGCACCAACAGAACAAACAAACAUCUCAACACGCUGUGACUUAUUUUUCAACUGUUUUCAUGAAAUUUGAUAAGUAUUGCUGCACACUCUGCUCCUCACAGUCAGUUAUAUGCCUAUAUUUAUAGACUUUUUUUUUAAUAUAUAUAUUUUUUUUUUAUUUACUGCCCUCCUGUUUCUAGAAAAAACUAUAAAAAAAGUGAACUGCCAUAUUCUGCAGCUGAGGACAGUGAAUUGCAUGUUGUAGAAAACAGUUUGGCUCAUGGGGAGAUUGCAAUGGAAAUGUGAAUGUUUAGACUUCCGACUGGCUCUUAUAAACCAGCAUCAGACUGAUCUAAACACUGAGUUUUUUUUCUGCAUGUGUUUUCUUUUUACACCACUAUGAUGAUGCAUGAAUACAAAGCAAAUUUAUACCAUGCUGUUCAGAUACCAAGGCUUUAGGCACUUAACGCUGGUGGCUGGUUUGAAGUGUCUGUCAUGCCAUGGACACCAGUUUGGAGUGUGGUCAAAUUAAUAAGGAUCAUUUGGCAUGUAUGUGGUUUACAAGCACUCCUUUUUAACUUUGUCAGCAGCCUGACUGCCUUUUUACUGGGCUGACUGUAAACAUCUCCUUGUAAGGAGAGACAAAUGGUGAUAUUGUGGUCUGAUUAAAUUCCAUUCCACAUAGUUCCUAUGUAUACUAAGGGCUAUAUAAUGCUGUAUAUUGAGAAUAGGAUCUUUCGCCCGCUGUAAAGUGAUCACUGUUUGAAUAAAAAAGAAAAAACA